AUGGUAGACGAAGAUUGGACAGAGAGUAUUAGAGGGAUGGUUAUUGGCGAAGCUGGUGGAUCAAGGUUUUCUCAAGGUCAAGAAGAAGAUCUUUCUGACAUUUUAAAUAGGGAAAAUUUGACAGAGAGCAUAACCGUAGAAGGGUUUAUGCUUGUUGGCCAAGGUUCUGAAGGGCAAGGGGCAGAUGUUUCGGUAGCGGGAGUGGAGGAUUUAACAGACAAUUUUACAAGAGGAGCGUCUAUAGGAAGGUUUCUUGAGCUCCCAGAAGAUGUUUCAGCUCUGUCAAUUGGAAGAUGCCAUGACGCAAGAAGCUUAUGCGAUGUUUCUCCAUUUAAACAUGCAACUUCACUAAAGUCAGUUGGGAUGUGGGAGUGUGAUGGGAUAGAGUGCUUGGCUUCAAUGUCAGAAUCCUCCCCAGAUAUAUUGGAAAGACUUGAGUCCCUAUACCUUGAAACUUUGAAGAACUUUUGUGUCUUCAUUACAAGAGAAGGAGCUGCUACACCACCAUUGCAAUCUAAUGUUGCAUUUGCGGGUCUAGAGAGAUUGGAGGAUCCACCAAGCUCUCUCCCCUUGAACGAUCACUCACAAGAACCUAAAGAACUGAAGUCUCUGGAGAAGGUGAAAAUAAAAUUGGGAAGAGAUGCAGACAGCCUGGAAUAA